AAAGCGAUGGGUGUGGAAGAGAGAUCAGCCUCCAUAAUUAAUACUACGUUUGUUCGUCCUGCAGCUUUUUACAUCAAUGGCUUCACCAACAUCCCUCAUGCUCAGUAUUACUACGUGUUCCUGUGCUUCGUCUACAUCAUGACUGUUGUUGGGAACGGUUUUCUGAUGUCUGUGAUUUACCUGGUGAAGACUCUUCAUUCUCCUAAAUACAUGAUUGUGUUCAGCCUGGCUUUAACAGAUCUGUGUGGCAGCACUGCUCUCAUCCCUAAAGUCCUGGACACGUUCUUGUUUGACAGGAGAUACAUUGUCUAUGAGGCUUGUUUGAGUUACAUGUUCUUUGUGUGGUUCUUUGCCUUUGUACAGUCGUGGACACUUGUCACUAUGGCCUAUGACAGGUUUGUAGCCAUUUGCUUUCCUCUGAGGUACCACAGUAUUGUGACUAAACCAGCCGUUGCUGUGAUGCUGCUGUUGACAUGGGCAGCUGUAUUAAGCUUGGUAGCGUGCAUGGCUGGACUACUGGACCGUCUGUCCUUCUGUGGGUCUUUGGUGAUACAAAGUUUUUACUGUGACCAUGGACCAAUAUAUCGUCUGGGUUGUAAUGAUUUUUCUGCCAAUUAUAAUGUUGCAUAUGUCGCCCUAAUCACAACUGUUUUUUUGCCUUUGACAUUAAUAGCACUGACCUACGUCUGCAUUGCUGUUGCUCUGAGCAGAAUAGCAUCAGGAGCAGAACGACUCAAAGCUCUGAAAACUUGUACUUCCCACCUGAUUCUUGUUGCCAUUUUCUUUCUACCACUCAUGGCCACAAACCUGGCUGUUAUGACGUCCUACCUUCACCCUAAUACCAGGAUCAUCAACUCCACUUUGACACACACUGUACCAGCUCUGCUCAACCCCAUCAUCUACUCUUUAAAGACUGAAGAAGUGAUGAAGUCUAUUAAAAAGCUUUGGAAAAGCAUCAGAUCUAAUAUUAUAAUUUCAACUAUACUUUGAACUUAUUAACGACUGUUCGUAGUUACACAUACAGUAUGACUAUAUUCUGUAACUGAUUUAAAAACUUCUUAUUUAUAACCGUUAAGUCUAUUGUGAUACCUUGAAUUUUUUAAAUUUUACUGUUAAAUUAACCAUAUGAUAAACUUCCUUUGCUGAAUUAAAGAUGUGGAUUAUUCCGACUAAUUCUAGUAACUGUCUCUGUCUCCUCAGUGUGGAAUCCAAGUUUAAAGUCAUGAAGUGAUCACCCCCUUUUGGUCUAAGUUAUCGCAUAGAGACUGUGCCUGCUCCCCGACAACCUAAACUAUACAAAUCACAAACAAAUCAAAGAGGAGUCAUUUACCAGAGUUUGAUAAUUCUUCCCUAAAAAAACAAAGUAACGAUAACUUAAUUAAACGUGGUUUAAUAAAUAUCUGAUCUCUAAUCUCUGUUUUUAAAUGGCGUGAUAAGUGACCAUCACGUAGAUCUGUUCCAUCUCACUGACACCCGGCUGCUGCAGAAUGAACAUGUCAGGAUAGGAUGACUUUAUUUAUUCUACGAUAAAUAAUUGUUUACUUUGCAGCAGCUACAGACAACCACCAAAACAAUAGACCAUAACAGGACAAAGAGCAAUAACAAACUUAUAGUAGUACUUACUGAAGUUAAUUCAAAUGAGGAGUGGAGUGGGAGGGGUUCUCCAUGAUGGAUGUUAGUUUAGCCAACAUCCUUCUGUCCGCCACCUCCUCCAUGGACUCCAGUGUGCAGGCCAGGACAGAGCCGGCUUUCUGAACCUUGCUGAGUCUCUUCCUGUUUCUGCCUGAACUGCCCCCAGUCCAGUUUGUUCUUCAGGAGAACAGCCAUCACUGUUGCUCGGCUGCUCAUCCAUAAGUCGUUAUGACUUGGCUUCUAUGCCACCAGGGGGCAAUUGAGUUUCUGUUGGGUUUGUGUCUUCCUGGGUUAAGACAUCUUUUCCUGUUUGUAAUUAGUUCAUUGUUGUCACCUGUUUGUACUUGUAUUUGAAGCUUUAGUUUGUGCACUGUCUUUGUCUGUUUUUUGCUGAUGUUACGUGAAUCUUGGCCUCUUGUUCCAGCCUUGUGUUCCUGUCCUCUCCUGUCCUGUCCUGUCCUGUCUUGUCUUAAUUCAAGGUCUGUGCAGAUCAUCUGUUGCCCUUGUAUUUGUUACAUGUUUCUGGUUUUGAGUUAUUAAUUAUUUUUUCGUCCACUGCAGUGAUUUUUAGUUCAAUCAUUUGUGCGUAUUAGAGCCAUUAUCUUAUCCUGCUUGUAGCAGUGCCUUGAGUUUAUCUACAUGCUUGUGUUUAUUUAGUUAUUAAUAAACUGUUUGUUUUCAUGAGUUUGUCCCUGGUCUUGCAUUUUGGUCCUCCACUCCAGUCUUGUUAGUAUGCAGCCUGUUUUCUCCCAAUCUUAGUGAUGUCACAGUCUGGACUUUUUGGUUGCCAUUUCCUGUUUUACUUUGACAUCUCCUGUUUUGUUUCUGCCAGUCAGUCAUGUGUUCCACCACCUGUUCCGUGUUAGUAAUCAGCCUGUGCAUAUAGUCACCAGUACUGACCUUAGUUCCCGGCCAGAUUGUUUGCUCAUAC